AUCAAAGCAAGAUCUAUAGUUACAAGUUAAGAUGUUAAUUAUAAUCCCCAGGAUAAUCACCAAGAAAAUAAAUAAAAAUAAAAAAUAAAAAAUAAACAGCAAAGGAAUUAAAAUGAUACACUAGAAAAUAUGUUUUUAACAUAUAGGAAAGCAGUAAUGGUGGCACAUAGGGACAAAGAUGACACAGGACAUAUAGAAAACAAACAGCAAAAUAGCCAUUAAACAUAAGUGGAUUAAACACUGCAACCAAAGGGCAGAGAUAGGCAGAAUGAAAAAAUACAUGAACCAAGCCAGGAACAGUGGCUCAUACCUGUAAUCUUAGCACUUUGGGAGUCUGAUGUGAGUGGAUUGCUUGAGCCCAAGAGUUUGAGACGACCCUGGGUAACACAGCAAAACCCUGUCUCUACAAAAAAUACAAAAAUUAGCUGGGUGUGGUGACGCUUACCUGUAGUCCCAGCUACUUGGGAGGCUGAGGCAGGAGAAUGGCAUGAACCCGGGAGGUGGAGCUUGCAGUGAGCUGAGAUCACACCAACUGCACUCCAGCCUCGGCGACAGCGAGACUCUGUCUCAAAAAAAAGAAAAAAAAAAGAAAUUAGAGGCGCAGCGGACCACUCUCCGCUUUCCCCCCUUCCCCCUCCCUCCCUUUUCCCUUCCUCCUUUUUCCCUAGCCCCCUCCCCCGCUGCGCCCUCCUCCAGUUAUCCUUCCUCUUUCCUCCUGGUCUCGGAGGACCCCAUCCUAGCCCGACCUGUCUCGGCCCGCAACCUCCCCAAAGGCGUCGGUGCCACUCCCAGCCCAUGUGGGCCCCCGCGGGCUGCCCACGCCUGUCCCCCAGCUCCCCGUUCCGCUGGGCUUUCCCCUUGCCAGGGGUGGCUUUCUGAGCCGCCCGCUCCGUGCCCCUCUCUGCAUUCUCUCCUGCCACUCGGGGGCCCCGUUCCCUCUCCCUUCGGCGGGGGGCUGGCAGAGCUGGGCCGCAGGGGCCCUGGUACCGGCGGUGCCGGGGUCAUCCAAAUGAUGCGGACGCAGUCUGCUGGGCUGCGCACGUUCGUGGCCUUCGCCUCCAAGCUCUGGAGCUUCUCCAUUUACCUUUUGCGGGGGCAGAUCCGCACGGUAAUUCAGUACCAAACUGUUCGAUAUGAUAUCCUCCCCUUAUCUCCUGUGUCCCGGAAUCGGCUAGCCCAGGUGAAGAGGAAGAUCCUGGUGCUGGAUCUGGAUGAGACACUUAUUCACUCCCACCAUGAUGGGGUCCUGAGGCCCACAGUCCGGCCUGGUAAGCCUCCUGACUUCAUCCUCAAGGUGGUAAUAGACAAACAUCCUGUCCGGUUUUUUGUACGUAAGAGGCCCCAUGUGGAUUUCUUCCUGGAAGUGGUGAGCCAGUGGUACGAGCUGGUGGUGUUUACAGCAAGCAUGGAGAUCUAUGGCUCUGCUGUGGCAGGUAAACUGGACAAUAGCAGAAGCAUUCUUAAGAGGAGAUAUUACAGACAGCACUGCACUUUGGAGUUGAGCAGCUACAUCAAGGACCUCUCUGUGGUCCACAGUGACCUCUCCAGCAUUGUGAUCCUGGAUAACUCCCCAGGGGCUUACAGGAGCCGUCCAGACAAUGCCAUCCCCAUCAAAUCCUGGUUCAGUGACCCCAGCGACACAGCCCUUCUCAACCAGCUCCCGAUGCAGGAUGCCCUCAGGUUCACCGCUGACGUUCGUUCCGUGCUGAGCCGAAACCUUCACCAACAUCGGCUCUGGUGACAGCUGCUCCCCCUCCACCUGAGUUGGGGUUGGGGUGGGGAAAGGGAGGGCGAGCCCUUGGGAUGCCGUCUGAUGCCCUGUCCAAUGUGAGUACUGCGUGGGCAGGGUCUGCCCCUCCUACCCCUCUGCCCCGGGAGCCCUACACUCCACUUGGAGUCUGGAUGGACACAUGGGCAGGGGGCUCUGAAGCAGCCUCAUUCUUAACUUCAUGUUCACACUCCAUGGAAACCCCAGACUGGGUGGGACACAGGCGGAAGCAUAGGAGAGUCGAAUCAGUGUUUGUGAAGAGGUAGGACUGGCCAGAGUGACAGACAUACGGUGAUCUAGGAGGCUCAAAGAGAAGCCAAGUCAGCUUUGUUGUGAUUUGAUUUUUUUUUUAAACUCUUGUACAAAACUGAUCUAAUUCUUCACUCCUGCUCCAAGGGCUGGGCUGUGGGUGGGAUACUGGGAUUUUGGGCCACUGGAUUUUCCCUAAAUUUCUCCCCCCUUUACUCUCCUUCUAUUUUUCUCUCUUUAGACUCCCUCAGACCUGUAACCAGCUUUGUGUCUUUUUUCCUUUCUUCUCUUUUAAACCACGCAUUAUAACUUUGAAAAAAAAAAAAGAAAUUAGAAAAAGGACAGCAAACUAAAUGCAAAGCAAGAAGAAGCAAGGAAAUAAUAAAGAUUAUAACAGAAAUGAAUGAAGUAAAGAAUAGAAAAAUAG